AUGAGUGACAACAGCAGUCAGGGCAGGAACGGCAGCGGCGGGCGGCUCUUCACCGGCAGUGACCCGGUGCGCCUGAGCGUGACCACUGCGCUGGCGCAGAUCUUCGUGUGGCCAUUCGUCUACAUCGACAUCUUCAUGUUCGUCGUCUUCCUGAAGCGUCGCAUGCUCAAGGCGGAGGCCCGAUACGUGCUGUUCGCCCAGACACUGAUCGCAGACACGGCCUUCCUCCUCACCACCAACUUUGUGGUGAUCACGUACCAGGUGUUCCUGCUGCUGCCUGUGGGAGCGUGCCUGCCCCUUACUCUCCUCAUGGGAGGUCUCACCCACGUCUCCCCCACCACCAUCAUCGCCAUGUGCAUAGAGCGCUACGUGGCCAUCUGCAUGCCCCUCAGACACGUCAACAUCUUCUCCCCAGCCAGAACUAUGCUGAUGGUGGCCCUGGUCUGGCUCAUCUCGUUCUCCAAGCCCUUUAUCGAUUUCACCAUUUUCCUCAGCUACGUGGCAAAGAGUUAUUUCUCCCAGCCGGCGUUCUGCUACUACGAGAUCAUUCUCCUGGAGGACUGGCACAUGAUCAUGCGGGGGAACCUCUUCAUACUCAACUACUUGCUUGUGCUGCUGAUCCUGGCCUUCUGCUACGGCUCGAUCAUGCACGUGGCGCGCAAGGCUUCGGGCGACAACAAGCAGGCCGCCUCCAAGGGCCAGCGGACCCUCCUGCUUCACAUCCUGCAGCUGGUGUUGUGCACCCUGGAGGUCACGGGGCCUUUGAUAGAGGCCAGAGUGCUGGAGAUCGGCGAUGUCAAUAUUUACCUCAUCGUGCGCUACUUCAACUUCCUGGCUUUCUCUGUUGUCUCCCGGGCCAUAAGCCCUCUCGUGUAUGGUUUGAGAGAUGAGAAGUUUAAUGCUGCUAUGAGAUAUUAUGCUAAGUGUGGAUUUAAUCACAUAUCUGCAGAAAAAUAA